UCUCUCACACACACACACACACACAUACAUACAUACACACACACAAACACACACACAAAGAGCUCCAUCAUCCGAAGCAGUGCGAAAUUCGACGUGAAGAGAGCAGAGUCACUUCCGCUGCCCUUCGAGCGGGACUCGGUUUUAUGUCCAUGGAGCGACCGCGGGGAAUCGUGCUGCUCGGGUGGAUCUAAAUCUCUCCCGCCGAUCCUAGCCGACAUGCACCCGGUCUCUCCCGACCCCGGCCCGGCUUUAUCAUGCUGUUCAGACUCGUUGCGAGGAGGAUGCGCUGGCUGGGAUGCUAUCGGCUGGGACCCAUGUGGAAAGCGCUCCUUGUGUUUGUGGUCAUCGCGUUUGCAGGCCAACUCCUCGCAGUCCUCUUCAAUAAAAGCUGGGUACAGACAGAGCGGCCUCGGUCUCUGUUCUCUCUUUCCGAGAGCGGUCAGGGGCCUCCUCUGGGCUCCUGCAGGCCACAAAAACACAUCAUGUUCCUGAAGACUCACAAGACAGCCAGCAGCACCGUUCUCAACAUGCUCUACCGCUUUGGUGAGGAGCAGGGUCUACGUUUUGCCCUCCCAAUGGGCUACCAGUUUGGCUAUCCACUCCCCUUCAUAGCCCAGAGAGUCAAAGGGUACAGGGGUCCCCAUGUAGUUGAAUUUGAUGUCAUGGGAAACCACAUGCGCUUCUACAAGCCAGAGGUGGAGAAAGUCAUGCCUGCAAAUACAUUUUAUUUCUCCAUUUUACGAGAACCUGUGGCAUUAGCUGAGUCAUCUUAUGCCUAUUACAAAAAUGUUGCCCCUGCCUUUCGACGUUCAAAGGGACUAGGCGACUUUGCAGAUAAUCCGUACAAAUACUAUGAGCCUCAACUGCGCAACAACCACUAUGCCCGCAACCUUUUGUGGUUUGACUUUGGCCUUGAUCACAAUGCUAACUACUCAUUGGCUCUUGCAAAGCGUGGUGAAGCAACAGUACGACGCAACUUUAAACUUAUCCUUUUGUCUGAGUACUUUGACCAGUCCAUGGUGCUGCUCCGACAUGCUCUUUGCUGGCCUUUGGAUGCUGUUGUGUCUUUUAGCCUGAAUGCUAGACAGCAGAUAUCUAAAAGUCGGUCUGGCUGGGUGGGAAAGGCAGCUGCUUCAGCAUCUUUAGCACUGACGGAAGAGCAGCGCCAGAAGCUGCGUGAUUGGAACGCCCUGGACUGGCACCUGUACCAAGCCUUUAACAGCACUUUCUGGGACAGGGUGGAGAGAUUUGGUCGAGCGAGGAUGCAUGCUGAGGUUGCCUUAUUGAGGAGCAGACGGGAGGUUCUGGCCAGUGUGUGUCUGCGCGAUGGAGGCCAGCCGAUUGAAGCUAGCCGUAUUCGGGACAGGGCCAUCCGUCCCUUUCAGAGUGGCAUGGUGAAGAUUUUGGGGUACGAGUUGCAGCCAGGUCUGGACAAUGCCACGAGGCAAGCCUGUCUGCGUAUGAUUAGGCCGGAGAUCCAAUACAAGGAUCUGUUGGAUCUCCGACAGUUUCCACGUGCACAGCAGUUUCCAGGACCAGCACUGGCUGCAAAUGGGCUUGCUGUUAAAAAGGAUUUGCCACCUCAUAGGACUGGACAGCAGGCUGGUGAAUCAUUAGAGAGGGAUUGGGAUGGAACCAUCCUGGCCCGUAAUCACUCCCAAGAACAUGUGGACAUUAAGGGAAAACUGAGAUAGUGAGUUAAAUAGCUACAUUUGUUUUUCUGAUUUAUGGCUCCACUGGGCCUCUGCACUGCACUACUCAGAGCUGGAGUUAGAUCCUGACUUGUAAUACUUGCUAGGCUUCUGAACUCCUUUUCAUCCUGUCCUUUGUAGGUAUCAUGUAGGUAUCAUGUGACUUGGAUGUCAUUGUGUUUAAUGAGCACUGUAAUGAGGUAUACAGUGGUACAAUUACAAUGCAGUUGGCCCCAGAAUACAGCAUUGGGAAUGAUGCAUGCUGGGUAAAGUGUGAUGCAGCUUGUUUACAUCAUGGUGCAUGGUUUCUGCUACUUCUGCUGCUUUACUUGAGCUGUGACGGUACAAAAAAGCAUUUUGAAUGCUACCCGUUGUCUCCGACUCCCACAAACAACCUUUCCAUUUCACGCUUCCUCCUACCCACAGACAAUUUGGCGUUAAGCCACAUAGCACUUUUCCGAUUAACAUUGCUUAUGUGCCUAGUGACAGUACUGAAAUAGAGCGUAAAGCCAUCGACUGGAGUACAAAUACCACUAAAGCAGAAUCAUAAUACUCUUACUGUCUGGCACAAAUCUUGGGAAUGAAUGCAAAGAAAAUCAAUGACAUUGGUUUGGGUGUCAGGAAUUGAUUUUUGAUCAGUACAUCUAACAGUGGCAGUUUGCGUCGCAGUGCAGGACUGCAGGAGGAAGAAACUGUUUGAAAUACAGUACUUUUUUUGCAUUAGUUACCAUAAUAAAACUUGUCAUGGUCAUGGCACUCAUGGCAUAGUAUCAUGGUGCAUAUUAUAUAAGCUAUAUAAAAAGUCUCCAGUUGAUGACACCGAAAUAAAUUAUCAAAAUUAAAUGAGUAAUUGGCUGUUUUUGGUCCAUUAGAUGGAGUAGGCUAUUCUGCUCACUGUAAUCUACCUCCUGGCUCCUGUGAGAGGUUAUUGGUUAUUAUUUAUGUUGCAGUAUUGAAUAUCUGUCUAAAAUGUAUUUUUAUUUAUUUGUCAUUCCAGAUGAAUUUAAAUUGAAAUCAUUUGUAAAUACUUAGUGUACUUAAUUAAACAUUAGUGCAUUAUAACCAAUGAUGUCAGUUUUGCCUUUCAGUUUUUAUUUUUAUUUUUAUGACAGUAAACUGAUACCACUUAACGGACUUGAUGUAGGUAGAUGUGUGCAUGUCUAUGCUGAGGUUUGCUAGUGAAAUCGCAGUCAAUGAGAUGAAUCCUCUGGAGAUGAGUCAAUUAUACAGUAUCAGCUAAAUGUUUGGACACGCCUUCUAAUUGCAUGGUCUUUCCUGCUUUUUAUUUCCAAAAUAUGCAAUAAUCUCAUUUGAACAGUUGAUAUUAAGAUGUAUCUGCUUUUGAUGGCUCUAUUCUGAGGUGCUGUUUGUUAAUUGGUGAUUUCUGAGGCUGGUAAUUCUAAAUGAACUUCUCCUCUGCAGCAGAGGUAAGUUUUGGUUUUGCUUUCCUCUGAUGGUCUUCAUGAUAGCCAGGUUCACCAUGGUGCUUGAUGGGUUUUGCAAAUACACGUGACAAAACUGUUCUUGCAAGGACUUUUCUAGAACAGCUGACACUCGUGUCUUAAAAUAACAACUAACUGUUGUUGUUCUAGUUAGCUAAUGCCAUGUGUAUUAUUUAUAGUUUUGAAAAACAUCCAGUAUUGUUGUAGAAUGUAGAAAAUAAAUCCAAACGUGUGUCCAAACCUUUAACUGGUACUGUAACUGAAUACAAGAACAUCCAUAAAUAACCUAAUACAUGCAAGUCUAAAAACCAAAAUUUUGUGACUUUUGCCUUACCAUAUGAAACAAAUUGGAACAGGGCUUAAUUGUUAAGAAAAAAGAAAAAAAAAACAGAUCUUAAUGUAAGUAAUGUAUUUAUAAUUUUAUAAUUUGCAAGUAUCUCAGUCAUGUGGUAUGUAAAAUGAUGGUAUGUGAAUUUAGUGUGAAAUCAACUGAAAUGCAUCGUACAGCUUGAUAAAGCUGAACAUACAAACGGGUUGCUUGGCUUCCAUGUUUAAAUUCAUAAGUUUCUAACUUUGAUCAGUUCAAGCAUAAUUAUUAAAACAGCACUCCAUGCGUAGUCUUUAUAAUUAUAGUAAGUGAUGAUGUGUAGUGUAUGUUAAAAUACUUUGUGCAUGUUUAUAAAUAGCACUCAUUGACACCAGUAUUUAAUAGCAAUCCAGAUUCAUCUCUGUUAUUGUCACACUACAUCUUGAUUUUGUAUUUUGCUGUACUUUUCUAUAACAAAUCCAUUUUGGCUGAGGGCAGUUUCUAUAUGGGAAUGCUGGAGUCAGAGAAAAUCCAAACAAAAACAUUUCUAAUGAAAAAUCUGUUUAUCAGAGACAUUUUUCUGUUUCAAAUUCUAAAUCAAUAUUUAGAGCCUAUGUUUUGUACAAGAUGGCAGAUAAUUGUUGUGGGGGUUUGAAAGUGCGUGCCAGCCGAUACUGACACUUAUGCCAGCAUAUUGCAUGAUGGAAAUAAAGCUGAACACUAAUCAAGACUUUCUCAACCAAAGCUUUGCAUCUUCAUGUUGACAAAAUUUGUACUUUGUAGGGGCUGCCAUUUGGCAACUAGUAAACACAUAAGUACCUAACAGACUUUUGGAGAUUGUACAAAAGCAAUAUGGUUUGAUUUAUGUGUUGUAGCCUUUUUAUCAGCUUUUCCUGAAAUUGGUGUGUGUAUGUUUUUUUAUUUUUUUUAUUUAAGAGACUAAAGAAAGUCUUCGACUUAAUUUACUUGUGUCUGGCAGUACAUAUUUGUUUAACACUGACAUUCUAGUAUUCUGCCCGCAAAAAGAGAAAUGGCUUUGUAGACAGAACAAACGAACAUACAAACAAACAACACAAAAAAAUGCUGGUCUUUUCAUUAUUCUGUCAACACCUGUAUUAGAUUACAGUCAUUGACGGUACAGAAAAUAAAACUUGAAUUUCCAUUUACAUCACUGAUGCUAGAUUAAAGGUACACCAAAGAGUUGCCGAUACUUUUUAGUUAGGAAAAACAUAACCUGUGACUGUGAAAAUAGAAAUUCUAAGCUGUAAUUGAGAUGUGUGGGUUUUUUAAGUGUUGGUCUUAUCCCAAAAUCCCCCUAAGGCAAAUUGGAUGCUACUAACGGAAACAAAAAUCUUGACAGGGAGAUGUCUAAGAAGUAUGAAGCAAGAAAACUUUGCUGACCCAGCAAACUUUCCUCAGUACCAGAAUCUUAUGUCAAUGCUGCAAAUUCAAUGUAAUGCUGACACACUGUCAUAAUGUUUUACUCAAUAGUACAUUUACAAUAAAGUAGAUAUUCCAUUUGAACCUUGUAAAUCUGUGCAUUAUGUUUAUUUUGGUUCUCUUUGUUACUUGAAUAUUAAAGUUUGGUUAGUAAUAACAUUUUAACAUACCUUUGUAAGUAUGUCUUGGAUCUAUAUUUUACUUGUAUGUAGAUGGAUAGGAAAAAAGGUUGAAUGGAAUAAAAUAAAACUUUCGAUAUUGAAUCAAUUGAGUGAUUUUUGUCUUUUUGUAUCGAACAGGCCAUUUCCAGGCCAAAUGCCCCCAAAUUUGUUUAGUAGCCUACACCAGAGGUUUAUAAACCUUUUGCAUCCAGUGGUCAUUCAAAUGUUAAAUAAAUUCCUGUAACAAGAAUCUAAUCUGUACAAAACAAAAUCUAUUUACUACAGCUAUAGAUUUUAUUAAAUCUGUACCUGCAGAACACAUUAAGAAUGAAUAAGUUAACUUUAUUUUACUUAAUUUUAUUUUACUACAGCUAUAGAUUCUAUUAAAUCUUUACCUGCAGAACACAUUAAGAAUUAAUGAGUUUACUUUACUUUAUAGGCCCUACUACACUGCCUGGUCAAAAGAAGUCACUUUUAUAUUUAAAUUAGCAAAUAUUAAGGUUGAUAAAAGGAUGAUACUUUGGUUGAUAAAUUCUGCAAUGAUUAAUAUGUUUCAGCUGGCAACAAUUCUUUUAACUUUAAGUCAAUGUGUAGUUUCUAAUUUCUUAAACAACCAUGUCAAAAUAUAUAGCCUUUUUGUCACAGAAAAUAUAUCACUGUGUUUUAGAAGGCCUGAAACAAACAAACAAACAAAAAAAAAACACCAACUAACGAGAUUACUGUAAAUGACUGAAUGGCAUCAUUAAAACCUGGAAGGAUAUUGGUAAAAUAUUAGCUUUGGAGAAGAAAUAUGGUCAAAGGAAAAUCGUGAAUGACCUCGAGCAGGGUCAGGAUCACUUGGUAAAAAAAAUCGACAGUAGAAAUCGCAGCUAUGGUUAAUAAUGAAAGUACCAGUAUUUACUAAGAACUCACAUGACUGGGACUAAACAACUAUGUGGUCAUAAGAAAACCACUUGUUAGUGAGAGAAUUAAAGGAAGCAUAAAGAGUAGACUUCAAAGCAAUGGAAAAAUGUCAUGUAGUCUGAUGAGUUCAGAUUG